CCCACACGACACGAGCAAGCAAACACGCAGUACUAGCACUAGCACAAUAUAUACAGUGUAUAUAUAAAUGCGGCCACUUAUUGCGCCCGUCUUCUUCGCGUUUCUCCCCCCAGUCUCUUUUACUCCCCCCUUCUCCUUCCCCAAGCCUUCUCCUUCCCCAAGCCCAGAAGAAGCAGCAGAGGCCAAGAAAUGGGCGACCGGGCGUACGCGCCGGCCUCCAAGCCUGUCCCUGUGGCGGCGCCGCGGUCCGCCAACGGCACGGCGAACGGCGGCGGCGUAGGGCCACCUCGGCCUCCGCCCAUGGUGCCCGGCCGCGUCCCGCCCCCGCCGAUGUACCGGCCGAAGCCGAUGCAACAGCCACCGCGCCGCCGGAGGAGCGGGCGCGGGUGGUGCUGCGCGUGUUGCCUGUGGCUGACGCUGGUGUUGGUGGGGCUGGUGUUCCUUGGAGCAAUCGCGUUGGGGGUGUUCUACGUGAUUUACCACCCGGAGCUUCCGACCUUCGCCGUGACGUCGCUCCGUCUGGCGGCGCUGAACGUCUCGGACUCCGACUCCGUCACCUCCCGCAUCGAGUUCACGGUGACCGCGCGCAACCCCAACGAGAAGAUCGCGUUCGUGUACGGCGACAUCGGGGCUGCCUUCGCGGCCGACGGCACGGACAUCGGGGACGGCACCGUGCCGGGUUUCGUCCAUCCAAGUCGCAACACGACGGUCAUCAAGGGGGCGGCUUCGGCGGCCGCCGCGACGGUGGACCCUGUGCAGGCGGCCAGUCUCAGAUCCAAGAAGUCUCACGCGAUGUCAGUGGAGAUGGACUCCAAGGUGGGGUUCCAGAUCGGGAAGUUCAAGUCGAAGCGCAUCAACGUCCGUGUGCUGUGCAGCGGCUUCAGCGCGGGGCUGGCCAAGCCGGCGCCCUCCCCGGCGCCGAUCAUCGUGGCCGCGGCGCCUGCACCCACCCGGUCUAAGAUCAGGCUGUCGUCGUCUUCCUCCGGAGGCGGCGGGGCGGCGACGACGGACGCAAAGUGUAAGCUGCGCGUCAAGAUCUGGAUUUGGACGUUUUGAUGCAUUUGUGGGUAGGGAGAGGAGGGAUUUUUCUUGGUUUGGUUUAACCUUUUUCACACUGUAUGUGGAUUUAUUGGAGUAUAGUUUAUAUGAUUCUAUCUUCCUCC